GAAAAGAAAAAGGGCGGGGGAGCUGGGGGUUUUAUCUAUAUAUGCAAUAAACUUAGUACAUGAAAAUAGUGCAUCGAUAUUUAUCAUUUGAGAAUGGCUGUAGUUUCCUGGUAUUUUAUUGUCAUCCUUCUCAGUUGGACCAUGCUUUGCUUAGCUGAAGGCAAGUUGCAUUACCAUGACUUUCAUCUGAGGGAGAAAAAUUUCACAAGACUUUGUGUAACCAGCAGCAUGUUGGUUGUAAAUGAUCAGUUGCCUGGCCCGACCAUUUAUGUUCAGAAAGGUGAUACUAUGCUUGUCAACGUCCAUAACCAUGCUAGCUAUGGUGUUACAAUUCACUGGCACGGUGUAAAGCAACCAAGAAAUCCAUGGAUGGAUGGUCCAGUGUACGUGACGCAAUGCCCAAUUAAACCGGGGAUGAACUUCACAUAUGAAGUCAAAUUUUCGGAUGAGGAAGGGACACUUUGGUGGCAUGCUCAUAGUGAUUGGACCAGAGUCGGAGUUCACGGUGCCAUCGUCAUAUACCCUGAGGGGGGAUCUACUUAUCCUUAUCCUCGUUCUCAUGAUGCUGAGGAAAUACUUGUUUUCGGAGCCUGGUAUACUUAUGACGUAAACUUAGAGGUGAUAGAGUCCGCAGGUUCAGAUCAACCUGGCUCUGAUUCUUACACUAUCAACAGUCAGCCUGGAGACUUCUGUCCUUGCUCUAGAGAGGGGACAUACCGUUGGGAAGUUGAGUAUGGCAAGACUUAUCUUCUUCGGCUGGUCAAUGCUGCGAUGAAUGCAGAACUGUUUUUUUCGAUAGCCGGACACAACAUGACUGUUGUUGGAAUGGAUGCAUCAAAUCUAAAACCUUUCGAGACGACCUAUGUUGUGAUAGAAGCUGGACAAACUAUGAAUCUUUUGGUUACGACCAACCAAGAACCUGGUCAAUAUUACAUGGCUGUAAGACAAUGCUUUAGUGGUGAAGCAACCUUCAGUGAAUUUGACAAAACAAAUGUCACUGCAAUUCUACAAUAUAACGGUAGCGUGACUCCUCCUUCGUCAGUGCCUUAUUUCCCGACCUUCCUUCCAGGUUUCUAUGACAAAUAUGCUGCAAUGAGCUUCAGGAGCAAAUUAAAGAGCCUGUACCCCCAGGAUGCGUAUGUCCCGAAGAAUGUAACAACCCGUAUGUACAUCACUGCUAAUCUACAAGCCUACAAGGUUAAUGAUACUAGCAAUAUUUCAAUCACAACCUUGAACAACGUAUCUUGGGUCAAUCCUGGUGUUGACGUCCUUCAAGCUUAUUACUAUAACUUGAGUGGGUUCUACACUGAUGAUUUUCCGAACAAUCCACCAACUUUCUAUGAUUUUGUGGCAUUUGAUUUGGGAGCCAAUACCACAUUUGCAUCGUUGGGGACGAAGGUGAAGGUGCUAGAAUAUGGUGAGGAAGUGGAGAUGGUGUUUCAAUCUGCUAACGUUUUGAAUGCAUCAGUGGAUCAUCCAAUGCAUCUACAUGGUCAUAGCUUCUAUGUCGUUGGAUCGGGUGAUGGAGACUUUGAUUUUGUGGAAGAUCCAAAAACCUACAAUUUGUUUGAUCCCCCUAAACUGAACACAGCCACAUCACAAAAGUCAGGAUGGCUUGCAAUUAGAUUCAAAGCAACUAACCCCGGAGUAUGGCUACUGCACUGUCAUGUGGAGCGGCAUUAUAGUUGGGGAAUGAACACUGUAUUCAUUGUGAAGAAUGGGGGCACUCCUGAGACAACAGUCCGGGGACCCCCUCCUAACAUGCCUGUUUGUGAUGACCCAUUUUCUAUUAAUCUCAAGGGGCUUAAUGAUUCACCGUUCUACUCUGAAUACAGGGCUCUCUAACUCUUGGAGCAUUCCUCAGCCUUUUUGAAGAAAGAGCGCGUAUCUCUUUUUAAGUUGCAUAAUCCUUCAUGGCGGGUUUGAAAUGCCCUCCUAACCAUAGAAAUAACCUUUUUUUGAUGUAGAAUUAUAAAAAUAAAUUAUUUCCCUUAUUUAUUGGUUAAAAUAUUUGUCAUUGAAGUGCGAAAUGUGAAAGAUGAUUUAGAUAAGUCCAAUAAAGUCUUGGUUUUAUU